UUGCCACCCCGCAUGUGGACUCUGUGAGCUCCCAUCUCUAUUAAAAUUAAGGCUAGAAGUUCUUUAUUUGAUUCACCUUAAAAAUGUUUAAAAAACUAAAGCCAGGGGAAAGUGAAGAAGAUGUCUUGCGUAUGGCGGCAGAGUUCAAUGCGGAGCGGGCCAAAAACCCGGGCUUUCAACCAGCUGCAGCCUUUGUGAGAAUGGAUAAAGCUCCCAAGAAGUCCAUGUUUGCUCAGAGGAGGGAACAGGCCAAAUUGGGACGAGUUACAUCUGUAGAAAAGUCCCAACCAGAGUUGCUACAACAGGAAGCUGAAGAAAUCAAGACGCCUUUAACAAGUGUCUCCGGGGGGCUUGACUCGCGGAAAAGCUGUGUACUUACAAACAAGGUGUUAAUGGAUGAGAUCCAGGAGAACAUCCUAGGAGAUGUCAAGGGUACCAGGAUGAACCCAAGCUCACUAAACAAUGUACUGGGUGACCUUGUAGAAAGACCAGUGGCGUCCAUAAGACCUGUCAUGCCGGACGCUCCGCAACAGAGAAACCCCAACAAACCCAUGAGUAUAUUUGCCCGCCAAAUGAUGUGUGAAAGUUCCCCAAAACCGAAAGCUUCGCUGCGAACUCCGGUAGCCUCUGAGAAUGUAGGCAGCUCCAUUGUAAAAGAUGCCAAAAUGGCACAGGAAAUACAUGAAGAAAACCUCAAUAUACUAAGCCAGAUGAGCGAACAGGACAUUCUAGCAGAGCGCGAAAAGUUACUAGCGUCGUUGGAUCCAUCGUUGAUAGCUUUACUGGCUCAAAAGCGACAAGCAAAGCAAAAGCCAGCGGACAAUAAGCCCAGUCUCAGAGUUAUAGAAGCUGCACCUCAGCCACCAAAAACUACACAACCACCUAACCAAUCAAUUUCAUCCCUGCCCGAUACAAAUCCGACUCUAGAACUUUUGCAGCAAGGCGACGAAGGUCAGUGGCUCCAUUUUAAUCUCGUGGAAGAACACAAGCUGGCUUGGAUGCGGGACAUACCUACCAAGAUUAAUGAACUGAAACCUGGUCAGCAAUUCGAUGCUAGAUUCGAUUGGAAGGGAGUGUUAUUGCCCCACACGCUGCAGGAAGAUCAGUCGUCAUCGAAGGCAUUGGAUGACAGAGAGUUAUAUCUACACGGCGCGGAAGCAGAUCGUCCGGGUUAUACAUUGCAGGAGUUUUUCCGUUUGGCCAGAUCCACUGUUCUGCAGCAGAGAAUCUCUGCCUUUGGGGCUGUAGCUGGAAUAUUUAGUAUCUACAACCAGGGUUUCUACGAUCAAGUUUUGACCCUACCAAUAUCGAAGAUGUUCUUUCUGCUGCGCUAUGGUCUGGAUGACAACGCUCCUGCUCAGCUAGAGGUUGUGAGCCGAGCCCUAGCGAAUUUGUUGUACAAUGAAACGGAUGAAGUAGUCCUUGAUAACGUACAGGAUAAUGCCUAUUGCCAUUGGCAGCCGCUGCUGAAGGUUUUGGAGAAUGCGAGUGACGCAGAAGCCGAUUCCGAUCCCAAUUCUAUUGCCUUUCUACAAAACUAUAUGAAGCUACUAACCACCAGCCAAGUCGUGCGAGCCGAUGUGGAUGAGGGUGAGGUGGAGAGUCGCAUGUCCAUGGACGACUUUCAGCUGGCGGAGACGGAUCUCAUAGACUGCCUACUGAGAACGAACAUUUUGCAAAGAAUUAAAUUCAUUUUAAACUCUGUGCGGCCGGAUAAUAGCACUGUGGAGUCCUGCCUAAAAGUGCUAAUAAGGAUCGCUCGCACAAGUCUUAAGGUAGCCCGACAGUUAGCUAAUGAAAGCGAUCUUCUAGAGAUUCUCUUUCGGAAUUUUAUGCCCUCUGGGGAUGGCAAUGGCCAGUUUUACGGACAACCUCAAGUACUAUUCCUUAAACUAAUUCGAGUACUGACUUGUCAGCAUCUGGACAUAGCAAAGAGUCUUUCGAAGGGGGUACUAAUCCAAAGACUUCAGCUGUAUUUGUUCCUUCAGGAUACCAAGGCACGGAUGGUUCGCGUUCAGAUCGAGGCGCUGCGAAUCCUGCGCUGCUUGUUGCUUCUGGGAAUCGUGGAUCGGGAUGUGUUCAGGCAGUUUCUUCCCGCACUUCGGCAGCUACUCGACUGGCACAGCAAUCAUUGUGUGUUCGAUGGCGUGGGCGGAUCGGGGCUGGUGCGCCAACACGCAGCUGCACUGAUCGUGGCGCUGGUGGCCAGCGGAGAAAGCGGAGUGUGUGACCUCGAGGGGCAGAAGCUAGUCGUAGAGCAGCUCAACAACUGCUGCUGCAAAUGGUUAAACGCUGCCACGCACUCCAAAAAAAUCAAGGAUUUCAGCCAGAUGACCCUUCUGAGUGCCGCCCUGUAUGCCGCCUCCUGGUUCUCGCGUAAUGGAUAUCUGGGCACCACCAGCUUUCAGAUUUUCCUGCGCAGCAUCCUGCCGAAAUUCGUGCAGUCGCCUAGCUUCGUGGCCUGCGUACAAGAUCUGGCUCUAGGUUCCGUAAUUCUGAGACGACCCAUGGACCGGCGACACGUGAAUGCGGCGUUGCCUAAUAUGGGAGCAGUGUUGAUGCACGACUACGGGCCGCAGCUGAUCGUCAGUGAGUCGUAUCCGGUGCAUCUGUUGAGUAAUCUCUGGGCGCUCCUCGCUGUUUCCCUGGAAGGUGGUGGAGUUACCGAGAAUUCAUUGUUUACGGCACUUAUGCAACCGGCGGUGCUGGAGCCGUUGGCUGAGUAUCUGCGGGAACUGGGCCUCCGACUCAAUCGGGUUCUGGCUACCAACUUUUUCGCCCGCACUGAGCUGAGGUUCGUCCACCAGCUACUGACGACGGAUGGCCUGGAAACCUAUUUGGAGCGCCCGCAACUACUACAGUUGGUCUACAGCUACCUCUGUUGCCUCUCCACUGCCCAUGCCACACAGAUCAAGAGCACCUUUCAACGCUUCAUCUUCAAUGGGGAGUACGUAGAGUUGGACGCAAAGAGUUUAAAACUCCUGGAGCAAACCUGUUUGGAAAUGGUGUAUCCCCACAUAAUAGCUGACAACUCGGAGCCCUCCUUGUCGUUGUGCUACACUCAAGCGCCCAUCCUUCCAGCCGACUGGCCCUUCUUCCAGAUGCGUCUCAUCCUCAGCAACUACCUGCAAAAUGUGCAGCAACGCCCAGCUGCCAUAUACUCAGAGAACCAAGUUGUCCGAAUGACAUUGACCUUCGUUCGGCAACUGGAACGGCAGGGACUGCAGAUUGUCAGUCCUCUGGAAAAGCUCAUGUAUCUGAUGAUAGCCUUCAUGGGUCCAGACUCCCAGUUUCUAACUCCAGACCUGCACGAAUUGCUGCGUGAUUACCUAAAAGACUUCAACCAGCAGUAUGCCAAUCACCACUUUGACUUUGAUGCCGAGCUGGUGGACAAAGCUCGGUUCGAGCCACUCUAUUACCUGUUUGUGGAGCACUUUGAGGCGGCCAGUUACGGCGACGAGCUCUUCAGUUCUCUGGUACUCCUGCCUUUGGCACAGAAGUACGACAACAAGUGGCGCAGGCGGCUCUGGUCGGAGCAUGUGCAAGCCGUGCGUUUCCUGAACUGCGAUGAAUCCCUGUUGAUGGGAGGCCUGUCGGCCUAUUUAAAUCCCGUGGAGGAGGAGCCUUCUCUGGUACAGCUAUACGGCGAUGCUCUGGAACGUCAACUGGUUCGUCCUGGCAGCGUAGCCUUUCGGAUAGCCCAGCACCACUUCAACCACUCCACGGCGGUGCAUAAAACGAAAUCGUUUUGAUAAUCUCCACCAUAAAUGGCUGAUAGCUGUAAGAGGCUCUUCACGGAUUCUGCCCAAACUGCGAUAAAGAUAUUCAAUUUUGCAAUCCAAAGUCUUUAAAUGUGACAAUAUUCUAUUUUUGUAUUUUGAUUUAUCUGCUACCGUUUUUGAAAGCAAAGUGAGCAAAGUAGUCGAACUUAUAAAACUCGUGAACUUCGAAAUUAAAGUUGCAUUUUUUCGUAUGGAAA